CAAAAUUCAGUACACCAUACUAUGGGUUUAUCACCUUCUCUGCUUGCCUUCAUGCGCUUUUUUCUUUCGGUUUCCUUGUUUUAUCUUAUAUUUGCUGGCUUCUUUUCUUCUGUGCAGUCACUGUGCCAUGAUGAUGAGAGCUUCGCCUUGUUGAAAUUCAAGGAAAGCUUUACCAUCAAUAAGUCUGCAUCUGAUGAUUCCUCCGCUUAUCCGAAGGUUUUGUUGUGGAAGCAUGAAAGCGGCGAUUGCUGCAGGUGGCGUGGUGUCAAGUGCAAUGAGGACACGGGUCAUGUGAUCAGUCUCGACCUCAGCAGCAGCUGUCUUUAUGGCUCUUUCAACUCCAAUAGCAAUCUCUUCCAGCUUGUUCACCUCCAAAGCCUUAAUCUUGCCCACAAUCACUUCAAUUUUUCUCGUAUCCCAACUACUUUUAGACAACUUUCGAGGCUGACAAACCUCAAUCUCUCUCGCUCCGCAUUUUCUGGUCUGAUCACUUCAGAAAUUUUAGAGCUCUCUAACUUAGUUUCCCUAGAUCUCUCAUUCAAUUACCGAUUGAAACUCCAAAAGCAUGGCCUCAGAAGUAUAGCACAGAAGUUAACAAACUUGAAAGAACUACAUCUUAGUGAGGUUGACAUAUCAUCUACUGUACCCAAUAUCUUGGCAAACUUAUCUUCUUUAACAUCUCUAUUUCUAGAAGAAUGUGGCUUGCAUGGUGAGUUUCCCACAAGAAUUUUCCAUCUACCCAAUCUUUCAUCUCUUCUUGUGGGAGACAAUCCAUAUCUCAUUGGAAGUAUGCCGGAUUUUAACAGAAGCAGCCCCCUUGAAUCAUUGCGACUUCGUUACACGAGUUUCUCUGGUGAGCUACCGAAUUCAAUUGGUAACCUUGAGUCCUUAAAAUAUUUUGCUGUUACCUUUUGCAAUUUCUCUGGGUCAAUACCGUCUGCAUUUGUUUUUCUCCCCUGGACUAAUCUAGGUAUUUUGGCGCUUCGUUCUAACUUGCUUCGAGGGCCGCUCCCAAUCCCACCACCUUCUAUAGUUGGGUAUGCAGUCUCAAACAACAAACUGACCGGAGAAAUCCCACAAUUGAUUUGCAAUCUAAGUUCAAUUGUUUUUCUUGACGGGUCAAACAAUUACUUGAGUGGCUUGCUUCCGCAAUGUUUAGGCAACUUGAGUGACUCUCUCUCAGUUCUAAAUCUACAUGACAAUGGAUUCCAUGGAACUAUUCCCGAAACAUUCGCAGAAGGAAACAAAUUGAAGAUGAUUCAUUUUAGUCAAAAUCAAUUACAGGGGCGUCUACCAAGAUCACUGGCCAAUUGUACCAUGCUUGAAGCUCUUAAUUUGGGACAUAAUCAGAUGAAUGAUACUUUCCCUUUUUGGUUGGGCAUUCUUCCAAAGUUGAGGGUUCUCAUUUUGCGAUCUAAUGGAAUCUAUGGUGCAAUGGAAAAUCUUAAUAGCAAUUUUGAUUUCUCAAACGUACACAUCAUUGACGUCUCAAAUAAUGACAUUACUGGUAAGUUGCCCUCUCAAUACUUUCAAAAUUGGAAAGCCAUGCAAAUCCAUGAUGUUAAAGGUUUCAUGUAUAUGAAAGCAAAUGGAAGUUUCUCAAUACCAGGAACCAGAUGGGAUAUCUCCUUCGUUUACUCAAUGACAUUUACUUACAAAGGCACAGAAAGGGUAUACAAAAAAAUCUCAGAUGUCUUCGUAGCUAUUGAUUUGUCCAACAAUCGGUUUGAAGGAGAAAUUUCAGAAGUUGUGGGGUAUCUAAAAGGACUUCAGGUGCUUAACCUUUCCAAUAACUUUCUCACGGGUCCUAUCCCUUCUUCCUUGGUGAACUUGACAAAUCUAGAAGUAUUGGACUUUGCUCAAAACAAGUUGUCUGGUGUGAUCCCUUUGCAGCUUGUGCAACUCACAUUUAUCGCAUUCUUCAACGUCUCCCAUAAUCAUCUCACGGGACCUAUACCACAUGGUAAUCAGUUUGAAACAUUCUCAGACAGUUCGUUUAGUGGUAAUUCUGAAUUAUGCGGACGCCCUUUGUCAAAGAAAUGUGAAAAUUCAGAAGACUCACCACCUCCACCUCCAACCUCUGAAAAGAAUCAAAACUCAUCAUUUUUGUUUGAAUUCAGUUGGAAAGUAGUUGUUAUGGGAUAUGGUUGUGGAAUCAUAUUUGGACUUAUUGUUGGACAAAUUGUGUUCACAAAGAAGCAUGAUUUGGUUAUGAAGACUUUUGCAAUCAAGCAGCCAACGCGAAAAAGGGUGAAUCGGAGAAGAUACAGAAAUUAAAUAUAAUCAGCUAAGGUACGUGU